AUGGAUUACGUCAUUCGACUGGCACAUACGGAUGUAGAACAGUCGACAGCUCAUGAGGAUGAUAGUGGGAGUAGUUCUGAAGAAGAACAAGUCGAUGAUACUAGUGAGGUUGACCUUACUGCUACAGUGAAUUGGCAAGAGCAAGCAGUAACCAUCGAUCAACAAGAUAUCGAACUUGAUUUGUCAUUAUAUCCUACUAUCGAAGAGGUAAUGCGAAAUAUCUUUCCGGAAGCAGAAAACGCUAAUGUCAAAAGAUAUGUCAAGCAAAUUUCUAGGGCUAAUAAAUUAGAUCCGAUCGUUGUGAUUAAGCCCAAUCCUACUUGGUCGCAACUUACGGAUGGAUUGCAUAUAACAAUGCCAUGGACCAAUUCGCAACAGAUAACCUCAACAACAACCAGAGAAGGGACGAAAAUAGCAGAUGUAUAUUCCCAUUUGGAUAUCCAGGAAUUGCAUACUGUUCGGGAUGGUAUUUGUAGCGGAGACCUUACCCAAACGGGUUCCACGUCCCUCAAGGACUACAAGCGAGUAUCGUACCUGGAACUAAUAAUCCGGUAG